CAGAGCCAGAGCAGACACCGGGACAUGGAAAGCCCCAUGAAGGAGGGGAUCCUGCACCUUCUGCAGUAUAAGUUUGGUUUGAAAGUUUGGAAAAGGAACUGGUCGAUAUUGUACCCAGCAAGUUCAAACAGUAUAGCCAGGCUGGAACUGUUUGAUGCAAGGGACUGGACUAACCCUCAUGAGAAGCAGAUUACAAAGCGAGUGGAACGGAUCAUUCGUUUGUCUGACUGUAUCAGCAUUAAUCAGAACCAAGUGGAAAACCCUCCGAAAGAGACGGCGACAUUUAGCAUUAUCACCAUGGAGAAAACCUACAUCAUGGCAACUUCAAAACAUGAUGUGAUGGCUUGGGUCAAGUGUCUUUGUGAAUUAGCAUUUCAGAAUACUAGUACAACAAAACCAAAUGAAGAUGUUUCUGCCUCCAGUAACAUGUUGCCUGGUGACUCAUUAAUAAUGGAGGAAAAUGAACUUUAUUCAACAAUAUCCCAAGCUGGAAAUCAAUUCACUGUGACGGUGCAGAAGUCUGAAGCUGCAACAAGGUGUGAGCUCCAUGGAACCUAUCUGUUAAUUGCAGGCAAAGACAGCCUGAUUCUGAAAGAUCCCAUAACAAAACAUGAUGUCUACAAAUGGCCUUACAGCUAUCUACGUCGAUAUGGAAUGGAUCAGGCAACAUUUACAUUUGAAGCAGGAAGAAGAUGCGAUUCAGGACAGGGGAUUUUUCGAUUCAAAACAAAGGCAGUUAAAGGAAUUUUCCACAUUAUUGAUGCAGCAGUAAAGGAAAAGGAGUCCAAGAAAAAACAGAAACGAUUAAGUUUAACUUCUGUUAGCUCUGAGACUUCCACAGCGUCCAGUCAAAAACUGCCAAGUGCAGCAUCCCCUAGUCAGGAAUCUUCAGAUGAAAAGGGUGGAAGGGUGAAACCCUUGAAGGACACAGAUUCAAAUCAAGAGGUUAGGAGGAGAAAAGAAAAUCGAGGUUGUAAAGGCCGUAACUCACCUUCUGGGGCUGUACCAAGGGCACCUCCAGGAGCCGAAAGGAACUUCCCUACAACCGAUGAUAGGGAGGGUGUCGGUGGAAUAGUUUAUGCUACUGUCAAAUAUCCUAAAGGAAAGGCAACAAAGGUUAAUGUGGAGGAGCCAACGGUUAAUCCUACAAAGUAUAGAGAUAGUUACAGUGAUGACUCUUCUAUAGACCCAGUGUAUGAGAAUGUUUCGGAUAUAGAAUCACUGCUGUCCUUUGAGGACGAGCCAUCCUUUCUCAAGGACAUACAAAAGUCACUCUAUGAAAAUUCACAGGGUAGCCUUGAAGAUCAGAACUUGUCUUCCAGUACAUCAGUUUCUACCCCAGAUUAUGAGAAUGUUGUGAUUGAACGCAGUCAGCUGACAUUUGAAGGUGAACAGGAUGAUUGUACAGUCAAUGAGAAAGGUGAUCUACACCAGACUCCUCCUGGGACAACACCCAAGGAGCGAGACACUUCCUUAAGCUCCGGAGCCUCUAAAGUCACAAAAGCAAAAUUUCCAGCUGGUAUCCAAGAGGUUCUAACUGAUCUGUACUCCAAAGAAUUGAGUAAGACCCGAGAAGGAAAACUGGAGAAGUUUAGCAGACCAUCCGAGCUGCGAAAAUAUUGAACUGGGGAUGUGGACGGGUAUGGGAUGCUGGGGAGAGGGCUGGCUGAGUGGUUACUGAAAUGGAAACAAUUUCUCUAACAAUGUUUAUCAAUUUACAGGUUUUCAACAAUUACUUUCUAAUAUUUCUCAUUUUCUCCAGUGAAUCUGUAAAUGCAGGCCGAGUGACAUGGAGAGGUACAUCUCCUUGAGCCUGAUUUUUUCCUCUCCAUGUAUCAUCACAUCCACGCCUCCUUCCAGCCCAACCCAGGCCCUCUCUGAACCUCCCCUCCAUUACUGCCAUUCUGCAUCUGCUCGGGACAGAUGCCUCAAGAGUCACUUAGCAACAAUAGGUGGUCCUUAAAAUGGGUGCAAAGAAAAUAAACAUCUUAAGGUCUAAAAGCGGUGUCACUCUGUUACAUGCCAUCCAUACCAUACAGAAACAAAUAGGUCAGACUCAAGAAGAAAAAACAAAGUCCUGUCCAGUGGUCAUUGAGUUGUAAAAACAAAUGCCUAUUCAGAAACCACAUCAAAGACAAAUAAUCCUUUUAUAACCAUAUAAAAUGUCAAUUAAAUGCUACAGACAACCUUCUGAUAAGCUAAGUGCUUUUUAGUCUUUUGAAAUGCAGGUGAGCAUUAGUAAUGGGCUCUCCUGUGGGAAAACAGUCAAUGCAGCUUCACGCAAUAUUGAAAUUAAAAGAAAAGAGGGCUAAUUUUUUUCUAAGCUGCACAUUAGAAGAAUUUCAGUUGCAGAUAACUUUGUUUUAAAAUGUUAGAGCAGCGCGCCAAUGUGUUUCAACCAUGUCCACUUCAGCCACUUCAGAUCAUGACCUCAGAAUUCCCAAGCACUGACUGUUUGUUUGUUUUCUACUGUUUUGAAUGCAUACUAAUAAUUUAUCAGUUGUGAAACAUAUCUCACAACAUAUCCUUAUCAGAAAAAGUAAUUCAAUAUUUAGACAAUAUUGGCCAAAGUAAUGGUCAAUUGACCUAUUCAGGACAAUGCUCAAUGAUCAAUCACUGUAAAACUCAGCAAUUGGGCAAAUUUGCUGGCUAAUUCUGAGUAUGUGAAGAAUUACACUGAAGAAAGCCAAUUUAGAUUUGUCAGUCAGGCUCACAGUUUGGUGCAGUUGUGUUUUGACAAAGAGUCACGACAUUAAUACUGAUUUCUCUCCACAGAUGCUGCCAGACCUGCUGAGCUUUUCCAGCAAUUUCUGUCUUUGGUGGUGCAAUUGUGUAUGGGAAGCUACAUAAGCUCCUUGUCUUUGCAGAGAAGAAGAAUAUAUAUGUGCACUGCGCCUAUUUCAAUUCAACAAAAGAGGUGAUGGCAGUUUUCUGGUUCAUUAAGGUCGAGAGUGUAGUGCUGGAAAAGCACAGCAGGUCAGGCAACAUCCGAGGAGCUUAUGUCCAAAACGUCGAUUCUCUUGAUCCUCAGAUGCUGCCAGACCUGAUGUGCUUUUCCACAACUACACUCUCAACUCUGAUCCCCAGCAUCUGCAGUCCUCACUGUCUCAUAGAACAUAGAACAUAGAAGGAUACAGCGCAGUACAGGCCCUUCGGCCCUCGAUGUUGCGCCGACCGAAUCCUACCUAACCUAUACUAGCCCAAUAACUUCCAAAUGCCUAUCCAAUGCCCGCUUAAAUGACCAUAAAGAAGGAGAGUUCACCACUGAUACGGGCAGGGCAUUCCAUGAACUCACAACCCGCUGUGUGAAGAAUCUACCCCUAACAUCUGUCCUAUACCUACCACCCCUUAAUUUAAAGCUAUGUCCCCUAGUAACACCUGACUCCAUUAGCGGUAAAAGGUUCUUAGUAUCUACCCUAUCUAAACCCCUAAUCAUCUUAUACACUUCUAUCAGAUCUCCCCUAAACCUUCUCUUCUCCAAUGAGAACAGCCCCAAGUGCCUCAGCCUUUCCUCAUAAGAUUUUCCUACCAUUCCAGGCUUCGGGUUCAGUGGUCAAAGCAUUUCCCUCAGAUAUAUGAAUCAUCCUGCCUAGUUCAAAAUUUAACCAAAGCCUGGCAGUUAACUGUCAUUCAUCAUUAACUGGUGCAUUCCCCAUGGCAAUGCAUCUACCAAUCAGAGUCCAUUUGCCAUAUAAUCAGCACUCUCCUCUGAUUACAUUAU